UUCAUAUGGUCGCGACAGUCUUUUGUGAGCAGAUCACGUUUGGCAGUCGCCUUGGACACCUGCACCACUUUCAUUCAUUGUAUUGUUUAACUCCAAAAGUUCUUUUUGCGGAAGAGAGAUUCGUCAGAGGCACUUAAAUACCGCGUUUAUCACUCACAAGAGAUUGUUCACGUUUAUUCGACCCCCCUGCUCGUAAGACCUUCUGAGUCACUGGCUGGCAGGAUGGUCUCUAUCACGCGCUCUGCCAACUCAAAUUCACCGUCAACGCCAUCCAGAGCUAAACCUCGCUCUAGUGUUGGAACGACAGCAAAUCUUCCAACCCCAGGCACAUCUCCACGCCGCACUCCCCACUGCAAGACAUGCCACCUACCCAGGCAGGGACAUCCUCGCUCUGGCUGUCCUAAUGUUGCACCCGUAGUGUCACAUCAGACUAGUGGUGCCACCGAAGAUAUUGUGGAUGAAAUGUCGUCCUUGCGCAUCGUGAAUCCCAAUGACGAGCCUUCUUCCCUUCCCACUGAAACACCCACCCGGUCCAAGAACCUCAAACGCCAACUCUCUGUUCGUUUCGCCCUUCUUCCAGAGGGAAGCCUCAAUUCACUCUCUACUACAUCCUCAGAAAUCGUAGGGAGGCUUCUCCAACCAGGAAUGAUGAGUAAUGCGUCUGAUGAUGGUGAUGGUGAUGGUCAGAGAGCAAUAAUGCAGUGGAAACGGACUUUAAUUGGUCCUGAAUCAUCUCCGGGAGACACCCCGGAGCUCGACGCCAAUGCAGAAAAAGAGACACGCGCAAACAAUCACAUUGGUUCACGGACCGGCUUGUCACGUCGUAUGCCCUGCACGCUGCAUACCCCAACCCCGAGCCUCGUGUCCACAGAACCACUUUCUAGCCAGGCCACAAGUGACUAUGUGGAUAUGAACAAAACCAUCUUCAUUGAUCCAGAAUUUGAAAAGAAGCCCAGUCCCCUGGCGCGAACGAUGAGCGCUGACGAGAGAUCAUUAUUCCUCAACAAUCUCACUCAAUCAUCAGGGGCUGCACCUGCCAUAUUAUUCUCUGUCCCACUGAUCGAUCUCAAGGCCGUACAACAUGACGCAGAGAAAGUAGGUUUCAGCGUCCGAGUUUUGCCAAAUGGAAGCUCACGAGAGCACCGAUGGGUUAUAUUGGCUAAGGAGGGGGACGCAGCGGAAUUUCUUGAGAAACGGCUGACGGAGGAAGAAGAGAAAGGGCGGAAAGCAAAGGGGAAUUUUGGUGCUGCCGCUGGCGGAGCACUAGUGGGCGCUGUGGCGACAUUCACGGGACUGGCGUUUUCUUGAAAUGACUUUCCUUGUCCAGUAAACUCGCUUCAGAUUAUACUUGUACGCAUAUCUGUACUGCUAGUUAGGUGAAUCUCGUUCAACGAUUUUGUCUUGCCAUUACUUUUCCCCCUUUCCUGCAUUGAGCUGACACUGCUUAACAGCCACAUGGGUAGUUUACAAGCUGUGCUGUAGUCAAACUCAGCUACAACUUUGCACCUGCUGAC